AUGACGAUUGUCGCUGCUGGUGCGCCGCCGAUCGACUUCGAACCUUCUGGACUGACCAUCAAGGGGUUAACCAUUUUGGCCUGGCCGGGUGACGCACGGGCACGGGCGACCGGGAGGGCCGUGGCACAAGCGAGCAACGCCUUCCGCGCCAUAUCCUCUGUGGUGCUGCAGAGCCUGCACCAGCAAGGCCUCGAUGCCGCAUCGAUUCGUUUGCUGCGGGUGGAGCUGGCACGCUUGUCUUGCUGUCUCCUUGUUGGGAAAGAGGAUAAAGAGGUCUCCCUCCUGCUCUUGAGCUGCGUCAAGGUUUACCUGGGGGACAGCCACGAGCUGGCUGUGACAGGUGCAGGCGCCCGCUACACCUGCCGAGAAAGAGUGCAGUCUCGAUGCGAAGCUGAUGUGUUGGUGGAUUUCCAUGCACCGAUACUUCAGCGUUUGCGUCUCUGGGCGUUGGAUUUUGCAGUCCUUGCGGCUACCUCGCAAGAUGAUCCAUUUCCAACGUUUUGCUUUGAGACAUCUUGCCCCGAACGGUUCCAGAAUGUGGCACAUUUGAUGCGUGACACAGCUCAGGUGGUGGACCAGGUAUCAGCUGUCAGAAUUCAGAAAUCCAUGGGCCAACCGCUCCCAAGGCUGAUACACUACCCCUCCACUGCGGAGACCGUAAAUGCGGCUUAUGCGCUGGCACGUCUUGAGAAAUAUGGCUGCGAUCCGACGCAGACCCUGGUGUUGUGUGAACGAGACUGGGGAGCGAAGCAGGUCAGAGAACUGAAUGCUGGCUUCCAGGUGCUGUCCGCUGCAGACGUCAUCGACGACCUGCUCCGUGAGGACCCCCCAGACCUGGCUUCAAUUCUCGUGUUCGGCACGACAUCAAUCCUGCAAGCCCGCAAGGUUCGUCAGUGGGCACGGCAUGGCUUCUCAGGCCACGAGAUUCAAUCCGAACUCGACCGUCGAGAUGCAGUGACAUUGCGGGGAUUGGACACGGGCGGCAAAAAAUUUACGCUUGUGGAACGUCUCAGUGCUGCGCUGAAAGCUGAGGAGCGAAACCGCACUGCCUUCGAACAGGAGCCGCAGGAGUCCGAGGCGAUCUGCGACCCAUACUUGGACCCGUACUUCUUCGGGACGCAGGAAGCCAGCUCGGAUCAAAAGAUGCAUCGCAGGUCGAGAUCGCGCUCGCCUCGUGCAACUGGACCCCUCAGCUCGGAAAAGGUGAGGGCGCAAGGAUUGCGUCGGCUUGCAGAGGAUAUUUGUGGUGUGGGCUUGCAAGCAUCCCUUGCAUCGCUGGAUGCUGCGGUGGCAGCUGGAAGCGUGUCCAGCAAACUCUUGACAGAACUAGAGGCGAAGCUGUCAACAUGCAUCACCAUGAUAGAGAUGCAGCAGAAGUGA